AUCAGUGGAGUAGUGUCCGUGUGAGAGUGUUUGAAUGUGAAGGGGAUAGAGAGGAGCAGAACGUGGUGAGGGGGAGUCCAGACAGACCACCACCACAACAACAGCAGAGACUGAUCUUCACCUUUGGCUUUUCUGCAUUUUUCCCUCUUAAUCCUUCACCGAGCAUAGAUGGCUGCCAGCUCUGCAGCUACAUCUCUGCUGCCUCCAGUGAAGAGCGUGGUGGUGUAUAGGAAUGGAGACCCCUUCUACAGUGGACGCAGGUUUGUGGUCAACCAGCGACAGGUGGUCACCAUGGAGGCCUUUCUGAAUGAAGUGACCCAGAGCAUCGGCGCCCCUCUUGCCGUCAGGACUCUGUACACCCCCAGGCAGGGCCACCGAGUCACAGACCUGCAGGAUCUACGGACAGGAGCCCAGUAUGUUGCUGCUGGCUUUGAGAGAUUCAAGAAACUCGAUUACCUGAACGUGAGAACAAAAAAGCAACCCACUGCUCGUGAGGAAAUCCAGGUCAAAGCAAUCCAGAGGCCGAAUGUGUCAGCUAAAUGGAGGAAGUAUAUACCUGUGCCUUGCAUUAUACACGUUUUUCGAAAUGGAGACCUCCUGUGUCCACCGUUCCGAUUCAUCAUUCCUCGGAGCAUGCAGCAGGACCUGGAUCAGAUCUUGAGUCUAAUCACAGAGAAGGUCAGCCUAAGGACCGGUGCGGUGCGCAGGUUGUGUUCUCUAGAAGGAGUGUCCGUGUCCUCAGCUGGGGAGCUGGAGACUGGCCGCUGCUACGUUGCCGUGGGAACCGAGAGGUUCAAGAAACUCCCAUAUGUGGAGCUAAUAGUCUCCAAAACUACAGAGAGAUAUUUCCCUGGGAAGAGAAGGAUGUUAAGGAGAGCUGAGAACAGGAAAGCAGGAAGCGGGCCUGAAGACCAAUGCAGUGACUCAGCUCUCCUUGACUCCCCAGAGUCAGACGGUCGGAGGGUGAAGUCCACAGGAGAUGAAGCUGGAGCCCCGCAAGCCUCCCAGCAAAGGAGCAGGAGAGAGGGAGCAGAUGAGACCUCUGUGUUUUUUGCCAGGCCGGUCAAGAUCCGGAAGAACCGAAUGCAAACGAGACCACCGCUCAGCAAUGGAUCUGGCCAGCCCAGUGUAUUUAAAAGCGCAGCACAGAAAAGGAGAGAAGAGGUACGAGGGGCAGAGGAGGUGCAGGAGGAUGAAAAUACAGCUACAGAGCUUCCUGUUGAUCAGAGAGCUGCAGAAAUAGUGGAGGAGGAGGAAUUAACCAGCCCAGACGAUCCUCUGCAGAACAAACAGAUGAGACAAGCACAAAUUAUCAAGAGUGAGCAGCACGACGACGAGGAGCACCCACACAAGUACAGUGGAAAGCAGGCAUUACUAUCUGAAGAGGAGCAGGAGUCCAAAGCUGAAAUACUGGAGCUGAAGCAGACGUCUUCGAAGUCGAGGCCUUCAUCGUCUAGCAGUCACGCAGAGCACAGAAAAGAAAAGGAGGUCCUGCAGGAUGCGCCGUCGGUUGCAACAGAACAAAACCACCAUCAUCAGGAGGAGGUCACGGCGUCCUAACAGUUUCACACCGCAUGAACGUUUGAUUAAAUUAGUAGUACUUUAACUGUGUUAAUGAGCCAAAUAACAACAUUAAUGUAUGUUGUUUUAUUGUAGAAAAUGUAAGCGUGAGAAGUGCAAGCAGAACAAACACUACAACAGGUGGAUACACUAUCAGAAGCUCUAUAAGUUUCAGCUCAAACUGAUUGAAGUUUAUUGUAUCGUACACCCGUUUAUGAGAUUCUGUCCAUUCAGUUUUACAGGCAUGAUUCUUAUGCUGAUACUGUGUAGAUGUUCAAUAUAUUCACUAUGUGUACAGAAAAAAAAAGCAUUUUUUAGGGUAAAUCUUAAACCUAUACUGAAAAAUGAGUGACUACUAAAUGAGUGUUGGGGAACAGUAGUGUUGCCAAGAAUUUAUUGAUUAAAUAUCAGCAACAGCACAGGAACAGAGCACAAUAUUAACAGUCAUCUGUACAGUGUCUUGUAUCAAUUAAAUGUGACAAUAAACAUAUAUAUUACUGUA